CCUCGUCGCUUAACUCUCCUUGUUACACGUUAGCACAUUCCUCUGCGUCAAAAACUCCACACCGUCUCGACAGUCGUAGUCGCUCACUCAUUUUCAAUCGACGCAGCAAAAGAAAAUGACCACGUCUCUUUCUUCUCUCCUUCUCCUCUCCAUCUUCAUCGUCUUCGUCUCAGGUUGCUCGGCCGCCGAAUCCACCGCCACCGUCAAGCCUCAUGCGAUCGACUCGUUCAAUCUCAGCCUGAUUCAGAAGAACGUAGGGAGCUGUUCUUACACGGUGGUUAUAAGCACGAGCUGUUCGUCGCCGGUGUACACUCGCGAUCAAAUUAGUAUCGCCUUUGGGGACGCCUAUGGGAAUCAGAUUUAUGCUCCAAGGAUCGAUAAUCCAGCUUCGAGGGCAUUUGAGAGAUGCUCCUCCGACACAUUUCAGAUAUCCGGACCCUGUGCAUACCAGAUCUGUUAUGUUUACCUCUACAGAAGUGGACCGGACGGAUGGAAGCCAGGGAGUGUGAAGAUCUAUGGCUACAAUUCAAGGGCCGCGACCUUCAACUACAACACCUACAUUCCAGGUGAUCUUUGGUACGGGUUCAAUUUUUGUGGCAAUGCUGCAUCUGGAAGUUCAAGGCGCAUUCCAGGAUGGUUUGUUUGCGUGAUUCUGUGGCUUUUUGGCAGUGCUGUGCUAUGAAUGAGGGAGUAGAGUUAACACACGCUUGUGUGUCGGUGUUAAUUGCUAAAGAGUUGCAGGAAGAUGAAUUUGGGUUGGAGAGCUAUGUUGGAGUAUGUAUUUGUACUGGAUUGUAAGUAGGAUUGCUGUGAUAACUGAUAACUGUAAAACUUUAAGUAGAAUGUAUUUCAUCUGGAGAUUCUAGAUUGUUUGUAGUCCCUCUGAUAAGAAUCUUCCCUAGUUCCCUUGCUUUUCCUGAUUUGUUGAACCGGGAGCUAGGCCAGGCCAUGCCACCCUGAAAUUUACUGCAGAGCUUUUUUAAUAAGUGUAUCUGUAAUCGGGGCGCCCGGGAGUGUGUGUUGAAUGCCAUUGAGAGCAAAGCUUUGGUGCCA